AUGCCUGGUUCCAUUGCCGUCCUCACUGACGCGCCCGUCGCGGCCGUCGCGCCUCACAAGGCUCCCCAUGUCAUUGGACCCAAGCAGAGAAAUCCUAUGCGGCCUACUGCCGUUAUCCCCCAGGAGAUCAUCGAUGAGGCUCGUGCCGUUCCCGUGGAGGCAUGGAACCCCAAGAAGCACGUUGCUCCCAAGACUCAGGUCGUCCAACACCUCAUGAAGGACAUUGGCCUUGAGGGUCACGGCAUCUCUCCUAUUGCUGUUACAGAUCCCUUCCCACUCUUCACUGAAGAGGCUAUCGGUCAGAUCCGCCGCGAGAUUUUCAGCGAGUCUGUGCUACGGGAGUGCCGCUUCAAGUCUGACUUCAACGCUAACAUGGUCCGUGGUAUGGGUCAUGAGCGCGCUCCCUUCACCUACGAUGCUUGGUGGUCCCCUGAGAUCCUUUCCAGAGUCUCCGAGGCUGCUGGUAUCGAGCUUGUCCCCGCCUUCGACUAUGAGGUUGCCAACGUCAACAUCUCCAUCAAUGACCAGAAUGCCCCGGAGGUUGUCACCUAUGGUGAUCAAACAUCUGCAGUCGCCUGGCACUAUGACAGCUUCCCCUUUGUCUGCGUGACCAUGGCUGCUGAUUGCACUGGUAUGGUUGGCGGUGAGACUGCUAUUAAGCUGCCGAACGGCGAAGAGAGGAGAGUCCGUGGCCCCGCUAUGGGCACUUGUGUUGUCAUGCAGGGACGCUAUAUCUACCACCAGGCCCUCAAGGCAUUUGGUGGCCGCGAGCGCAUUGCCAUGGUCACCGCCUUCCGCCCCAAGAGUCCUUUCGUCCGCGAUGAGACCAUCUUAACUGGCUCCCGCGUCAUCAGCCACAUUAGCGAACUCUACCCACAGUAUAUCGAAUACCGCCUGUCCAACCUCGAAGAGCGCUUUCGUCGUGCUCUCCAGCAGGAGAAGCGCCGCCAAGUUGAGCGCAAGAAGUUCGAUAUCACGGCGAUGAGGGCAUUCUUAACCGAGCAGCUAGAGUAUAUCCAGACUUCUCUCAAUGAGGUCUAUGAGCCUGACGCUGACUACACCCCUCUGGACAACUAA